GCGAAUCUACCAUAAUUUUGUUCAAGCAAGUCUUCCAAGCCUCUUCCGUAGCAAAUACUCAGAAAUCUUAAAGUGUUCAUAGAACUCGACAACUAUUAUUUGAGGAACAUUUAAUACUGUCAAUGAGUCACUAGUCACUUUCAAAAAUAGCAGGUCCACUGCGAGGUUGGGGUCUUGUUUGGCGGAGUUUUUGGCUAAGGUUCCGGCGUGUCUAGGGGUGAACGCAAUCGCCUCUACGAGGUGUGGCUAGAAACUAGAGAACGGCAGCUCAUACGUACCAUUCGUUGGCUAACGGAGAGUGUCACUGUUUACGUGAACGGCUGACUACAGCCCCUCAACAUAUUGGUGUUUUGGUUCGCCCAUUGACUCAACCAGAGGGUAAUAGUUCUGUUUAAUUCCAGUAUAAGUCCGAAAGGGAGGAUAAGCGUGCUUAAAAACACGGAGGGGUGCAUGAAGAGACAGCUUAGUGCUAUUUUCUGAUUGCUAAUACCUUGUGGUUCUUCCAGUCUUUGACCGGGUUGACUUUCCUCGAUCCGUCGAACCAUAAGGGAUAACGUCCCGAAUCGUCCAACUGAAUAUCUAGGCUAAAGAUUGCGCUUACCGGUGGUUUCUGUUAGGCUGAUCUAAGGGUUAUUUGAACCCGAAGUGAAGCACCUUAUCUUGUCGUUGCAAUACCCGGAUGUUAGGGCUCGUAAGGGAUAGUAUUAGUUCUCAUGUCUUGUGGACUUAGUUGAGAAUUUUGAGUUAUGUUCGGUUCUGUCUGGACGUAAUGAUGACGAAUUCAGUGAUGCUAAGUUGCAAGAUAUGAUACAGAUAGUACUAAGAGUAGCUCUUGUCAUGAGCUGACUUGCACCGGGUCGUUUCUCUUCGGAGCGGCACCAACUUGGUGCAAUGUUCGGUGAUUGUCAGGAAAAGCUCUUAGAUCUUGUCAGCUGGUUGAGAAUUCUGAGUCAUGUUUGGACCUCGGUCUGAAUAUAACGAGGACGAAUUCAACGACGCUAGUUGCAAGAUAGGUAGUGUAGGGCUUAGCUGAGUUCCCUUGGUGGAUUCAUCAAGAUGGACCCUUCUCGGAGGUGUGAAGUCUUGAUGGGUACACCAGCGGUUCAAAGUGAAAGCCCAAAUAGAUUGUAGAGUUGAGAAUUCUGAGUUAUGUUUGGACUUCGUUCUGCAUAUAACGAUGACGAAUUCAGUGAUGCUCAGGGCCCAAACAGCUGUGUAUUGCGGUGACAGCAUGGGGGGAGGGAGUUGAAACCAGUUUUCCAAGAUCAGUAUGUCAAGAACAUGAAUAGUUCCGGCAAGUUUAUUACCAUCUAACCCCUAGACAUGUCGCGUUCCUCAGCGUAUGCGCAUUAGAGUUCCCCCAAUUUCCUCAAAAGUGGACUUGUAAUUUUUCUCUCAAAAACUUUCAACCUAUUGCAUAAUUUCAAAUCCAAAUUCCAAUUCUCAAUUAUUAUCAAGUUAUUAUCGAAUUACCAAGUUUCCAAAUCCACUUUUUCGCAUACGUUGAGUUUUUUGUGAAUUCGCUAGUUCCCGGCCGUGUCCUGGCGACCUCUUUUAACAUUAAUUAAUCAUUUCAUUUAUUAUUAUACGCUAAUUAACAUUUUGCUUUACAGAUUUAUUAUUACUAUUAUUAUUAUUAUAACAUUACUCCAACUUACAAAAUAGAAAUAUGUCAGAAUAUGAAGAUGUGGAGUCCGCUGUUGAUAGCCUGGAGAGUGCGAUUGCAGACAGAAAAGAAAUAGAUAAAAUUAAAGUGCUGAAGUCAGAACUCACAACCUUCUGUUGUACAGAUACCAAUAAAAUAAGUAAGAAGAACACAGAUUAUAUCCUUAAUAUGUUCGAUUCAGUUGCCGCGAUAGCCAAUCAUUUACGAAAUAAACUGUCUAAAGUCCAAGGUGAAUAUGAUGGUUACCGCAGAGCACAUCGAGAGAUCGAAAAAAUUCAUUCUAAGAUUGAAAAACUGCACACUGUAUCAGACAAUGUUGCAACGUUAGCAGACCUGACAGCACAUGCUUAUGCAGAUGUAGAAUCGAUGAAUAGAAAGGUGAAUUCAUUAGUUGACAUUGAGCACGCAAUAACUGAGUUGAGUGAGAACACCGAAAAGUUGAAUGAAAACAUGAACAAGCAGCAGGUAUCAAUGCAACAGCAACAUCCAAUGGCGGCUAAAGAGCCUGCUCAGCAGCCAAGAAGUUUCGCGUCAGUAAUUAAGAAACAAGUAAAUAUAGGUAAAAAUGUCAAGCUGAAUACAUUCACAGUUAAGGAUAAAGGUACUUGCACUGAUGUAAAAGCUCUCAGAUCGAGUUUUUUGAAAUCCGUUGACCCCAUAAAAAACAAGUUGAAAAUAGACAGCAUUAGAAUGGUAUUCAGCAAACCGCAAUUAAUUGUAAAAACAGCUGAUCCAUCUACCUCAGCUUUUCUAACUUCUCGUUCAGGUGCAACCAGCCAAUUCAUCGUCGAGCCUUUCAUUCUUAAAGACCCUAAGAUGAUUAUUCGAAACAUCCCUAAGGAUAUACCAACUGAGGUUCUUGAGUCAGCUAUUAAGCAACAAAACUUUGAUGGUUUUACUGAAAAUGAAGUCAACAGUGGGCUGAAACUUGCCUUUAGAACAGGAGACAAACAAAGAAGUACAGUUGAUUGGGUAAUAGACACAAGUCCAAAAAUUAGAAGUCAUUUAUUGAAGAAACAGGCUCUUUACAUCGACUACCAACGUUGUAAAGUUGAUGAUUUCUUCCGACUCAGAAGAUGCUUUAAGUGUCAAGGUUUCGGUCAUGGUUCGAGCAAGUGUCAGAGAACAGAUAAGUGUAGCCAUUGUGGUGAAGAUCACAAGAUUCAAGAUUGCCAAAAACUAUCUGAAAAGCCAACUUGCAUUAACUGCAAACUUUCCAAGAAAGCGUCACAUGACCACAAAUCAAGCGAUCAGCAAUGUCCUUCGAGAAUCGCCGCCAUUCAGCGUGAAAUCGAAUCCAUUGAUUACACAAACUUCUAAGAAGAUCAAUUUAAACUCCAAGCUGAUUGUUUCUACUUUCUACUAUUGGGUAUUAUUAUUAUUAUUAUUAUUAUUGUUAUUAUUAUUAUUAUUAAUCACAGUUUUUCUUACAGCAUUAACUUUUAACAUAUACACUUAGAGGUCCGGUGAACUUUUACACUCACUUGAUCUCGAACACUAACCUCAUUUUCCAUAAUUUAAUUUAAUCUUCUCUCUAGGUAAAGGAUAUCCACAUAAGUACUCUGGUUUCCUGGUCAGACUUGUCUGACUGGACGAUUUAGUAAAGUGAGAGUAUGCUUGGGCUACAUUUUGUUAAAUCAGAAGGCCUAAGGAAACGUAGCUUGAAAAGCAGUUCAAGAUAAUGAAAGAACCUCGUUUACGAGAGGAAUUCGGAGUUUUGAACUGGAGUUAGUAUGCAAAGGCUGUUUUCUGUUAAGUCAGGAGGCCUGAGGGAACAACUGAGCCAGCAGUCGAGUGGUGAUGCCCAUUUUGGAAACAAACCCAUGUACUUGUACACGACUGAGCAAAAGCAGGUAACUUAGAAACUUAUGUGCGCUCCGAAACCGAAAAGAGAUAAAACUUUUAACGCCCAUUCUAGUUGUUUUAUUACUAACGAGAGCCAUAACAUCCUAGCAUUUUUAGACAUAGAGACACACAACGAUGUGUUAUUAGCUUAGCAGAAAAGUCGCCACUGCAAAUAUA